AAGCAGGAUGUUUCCGUGCAGGCAGUUGAAUGGUCAGCUGCCGGGUCCUUCGCCUGGAGGUGACAUUCAUAAAGCGGCUAGAAGGAGCGGAGCAGAUUAGCAUCACAAACAUGGCACAAGCACUGCAAAAAAUUGUGGCUAAAGUACCCGGUAUGGUUCGAGCCACUGUCAACUACUCCAAACCUCGGUUAUCAACCUUCUGGUACUAUGCCCGUGUUGAACUGGUCCCUCCGACCCCUGCUGAGGUCCCCAAAGCCAUCGAGGAAGCCAAGAACCUGGUCAAAGCUUUCCAGGCAGGAAGGUUCCGUCAAACCACAGUGAAGGAUGCAAUACGGAAUGGACUGGUGGCCACUGAAGUAUUGAUGUGGUUCUAUAUUGGAGAAUGCAUUGGCAAAGGUGGCAUUAUUGGCUACAAUGUAUGAAUUUAGGACUUUUUUUCCCCUGAGUUUUUGCGGUCAAGUUCAUGCAUACUUCAUGGGAUCUAAUAAACAAAUGUCUAUUGGUUUAAAAAAAAAA